UAUUCGGUGGUGUUAUUGUUUUGUUUCUGGUCCCUCUCUGGGAACUUGGGUCCCCGAUAAGCCCUCUGUUCAUCUCUCUCUCUCUCUGCUACAAAGCUACCUUGUCCGUUUCUUGCUUUUCUUCUCUCUCAGUAUUGCUGCGCUCCGCGUUACAUGUCUUUUCCCACAGAUUCCGAACACCGCGUUCUGCGACCACUUCACUCCCUUUUAAACAAAUCACUCUCCUUCUCCUACCCUGUGCAUUGCACGAAAUAACCAAUCAGAAUCACCACCACGGUAUUGUUUAUAUUAUCAUCUUAAUCAUAUUAUAUACAACCAUACACAAGUCUCUCUCUGCUGCUGUGAUCUUAGUUUGGUUUAGUUUCUUCCAUCAUCAAUGAGGGCUCAUCCCAGGCACGAACGCCGAUGGGCCUCAGACUCGGUCCCGGAGAAGACUCUAGUCAGCACUGGCACGUCCCCCGGGACUGAGUCUACCUCGGCGGAGGAGUUCGUCGAGGUGACGCUAGAUUUGCAGGACGACAACACCAUCGUCCUUCGCAGCGUCGAGCCGGCGACUGUGAUUAAUAUUACAGACGACGGAGGAGCCGAGGCUACUCCGGCGUCUUCCUCUAGGUCGCCGUCGAUAAGGCGGAGCUCGUCCAACAGCAGAAUCCGGCAGUUCUCUCAGGAGCUGAAAGCUGAGGCGGUGGCCAAGGCCAAGCAGUUCUCUCAGGAGCUCAAGGCCGAGCUGAGGCGGUUCUCGUGGAGCCAUGGAAAUGCGUCGCGGGUGCUGGCGGCUUCUUCGGCGGUUGCUUCUCAGAAUGACGGCGGAAGCGGAGGAGGAGCCGGGAGCGGUUAUUAUGACUCGGCUCUUGCGGCGAGGGCUCUGAGGAGGCAGCGGGCUCAGCUCGAUCGAACCCGCUCCGGAGCGCAGAAGGCCCUCCGGGGACUGAGGUUCAUCAGCAACUGCAAGAACAAGAGCAAUGGCGUGGAUGCAUGGAACGAGGUGGAGAGCAAUUUCAACAAGCUCGCCAAAGACGGCAACCUCUACCGCGCCGAUUUCGCCCAAUGCAUAGGAAUGAAAGAUUCGAAGGAGUUUGCUCUGGAACUGUUCGAUGCGCUGGGCCGGAGACGAAGACUAAAGGUAGAGAGACUCAGCAAAGACGAGCUUUACGAGUUUUGGUCUCAAAUUUCCGAUCAAAGUUUUGAUUCAAGGCUUCAGAUCUUCUUCGACAUGGUCGACAAAAAUGAAGACGGAAGAAUUACCGAAGAAGAAGUAAAAGAGAUCAUCAUGCUGAGUGCUUGUGCCAACAAGUUAUCAAGAUUGAAGGAACAAGCAGAGGAAUAUGCAGCCCUGAUCAUGGAAGAGUUGGAUCCUGAAAGACUUGGCUAUAUUGAGCUAUGGCAAUUGGAGACCCUUUUGCUCCAAAAGGACACGUACCUAAACUACAGCCAAGCACUGAGCUACACGAGCCAAGCCUUAAGCCAGAACCUCCAAGGCCUCCGAAGGCGAAGCCCGAUACGCAGAAUCAGCAGCAAGUGCCUCUACUACUUGCAAGAAAACUGGAAGAGACUCUGGGUUUUGGCACUCUGGGUGUGCAUUAUGAUCGGACUUUUUACGUGGAAGUUCUUUCAGUACAAGCAGAAAAAAUCCUUUCAUAUAAUGGGGUACUGUCUUCUCACCGCCAAGGGUGCGGCAGAGACGUUGAAGUUCAACAUGGCUCUGGUGCUGUUACCGGUGUGUAGAAACACCAUUACUUGGCUCAGGAACACCAGGCUCGGGUUCGUUGUGCCUUUCGAUGACAAUAUCAACUUCCACAAGAGCAUUGCUGCAGCCAUUGUAAUCGGUGUUAUUCUCCAUGCUGGGAACCAUCUUGCGUGUGAUUUUCCGAGGCUUAUAAAGGUGUCUGAAUUAGUCUAUGAGGAGUAUUUGCAUGACGACUUUGGAACGCAUAAACCCACAUACGUAGAUUUAGUUAAAGGGGCCGAAGGAGUGACUGGAAUUAUAAUGGUGGUAUGCAUGGUAAUUGCUUUCACACUCGCAACAAAAUGGUUCAGGCGGAGCCUCAUUAAGCUGCCCAAGCCCUUCAAUAGGCUCACUGGUUACAAUGCAUUUUGGUAUUCACAUCACUUAUUUGUCAUCGUCUAUGCCUUGCUCGUUAUCCACGGAGUCUUCCUCUAUCUUGUGCACAAAUGGUACCUUAAGACGACUUGGAUGUAUCUUUCCGUUCCAGUUAUACUAUAUGCUGGUGAAAGAAUACUGAGAGUCUUCCGGUCUGGCUUUUAUACUGUCCGUCUUCUGAAGGUUGCUAUUUAUCCGGGAAAUGUUCUCACAUUGCAAAUGUCUAAGCCACCCCAGUUUAAAUACAAAAGUGGACAGUACAUGUUUGUUCAGUGCCCGGCUGUUUCCCCUUUUGAGUGGCAUCCGUUUUCAAUUACAUCUGCUCCCGGUGAUGACUACCUUAGCGUUCACAUCCGUCAGCUUGGUGACUGGACACAAGAGCUUAAGAGGGUUUUCUCAGAAGCCUGUGAGCCUCCCUUAGCUGGGAAGAGUGGCCUGCUAAGGGCUGAUGAAACCACCAAGAAAAGUUUGCCCAAGCUUUUAAUAGAUGGACCUUAUGGUGCCCCGGCACAAGACUACCGGAAAUAUGAUGUCCUGCUACUUGUUGGUCUUGGGAUUGGGGCGACACCUUUCAUUAGUAUAUUGAAAGAUUUGCUCAACAAUAUUGUCAAAAUGGAGGAACAGGCAGAUUCUCCCUCAGAUUUCAGUAGAAAUUCAGACCUAAGUUCAGGAAGUACAGAUUCUCCCAACAAGGUUUAUCUGAAAAGAAAAAAGCCACUGAAGACCACCAAUGCCUACUUCUAUUGGGUAACUAGGGAGCAAGGCUCAUUUGAUUGGUUCAAAGGAGUGAUGAAUGAAGUUGCAGAUCUUGAUCAAAGGGGUGUCAUUGAGAUGCACAACUAUUUGACUAGUGUGUAUGAGGAAGGCGAUGCUCGAUCAACACUCAUCACCAUGGUCCAAGCUCUCAACCAUGCUAAGAAUGGGGUUGACAUUGUAUCUGGCACUAGGGUUCGCACUCAUUUUGCAAGGCCUAACUGGAAGAAAGUUUUCUCAAAAUUUUCCUCCAAGCACUAUGGUGCAAGGAUAGGGGUAUUCUAUUGUGGAGCACCAGUUUUGGCCAAAGAACUCAGCAAGCUUUGCUAUGAGUUCAAUCAAAAAGGUCUAACCAAAUUUGAAUUCCACAAGGAGCACUUUUGAAAGAUUCUUGGCAUGCACAUAUAAGUACAGCGCUUAUGCCUCAGCUUCUCCAUUCAACUCCAUUACUUGCAGAGAGAAAUUUUGCAAUAAUCUUAGUUCAAUAAAGCGAAAAGGAAUUUUGUACAGUCUUGGGUAGAAAAAAAGAAAAAAAAAAACAAAACAAAAUGAUGUAUACAUAUAUUUAGUAUUUAGCGCUAUAUAUAUAUAUCAAAGCAAGCAAGCACAACCAGAAGAAAUGUUCUGGUUGUAGUGAGAUUGAUGAUUAGGAAUCUCAAUGAUGCAAUAUUAGCCCUGCACUCAGUGCACUGCACUAGUGGCCUAAGAUGGGAUCAUAGGUGAGGUGUAGCAAGUGGCCUAAACUGUCAUUGUAGGGGAAGGCAUAGGUGAGGAGUAGCAAGUGGCCUAAACUGUCAUCGUAGGGGAAGGUGCUAGCUUAGAGUGUGGUACAGCUACAAUGGAGAAGUUGACCCAAAGUUGGUAAAAGGUUUGAAUGGGGUGAGUGGUAGACACCCAUUGGUGGGGAGAAGAAGACAGUUUGGAAAAGGAGAGAAACUGAGGAAGGUUCUCUGAACUUAUGGAUUGAGGUGAGGUGGGAGUGAGAUGGCUCUGUCUGUAUGAGGAAACUCUUCCUUGUUCAUCUUUUGUGAAGUGGGCUCAGAGAAUCCUUCUAGAAUGUUGAGGAUUAUGAUGCAGAGGACCACAUGGAAUGCAAAUAUUUUUAUAGGGUACUUUACAAUAAUAGAGUUUUGCCUGUAAAUGAGGAUCAUACUUUUAGUUUUUCUCAUUGGGGGUCAGAUCCAUAUGAAUGAAGCAUAAUAUUGCAGUAUCUGUUGGAAGAUUUUGGUAUCCAAUGUACAGCAAACAAUUAGUUCAUUAUGCUCGACUUAGAACUUGAAUCUUA